AUGGUGGAAGCAGUUUCCCAGGACCUGCAAACACGCGAUGAGGCUUUGAAGCAACUGAGAUACCAUCUGGCCAGAGCUCAAGACCAGAUGACACAAUAUGCAAAUAAGAAGAGGGUGGAGGCCAAGAUCAAGGAGGGAGAUUGGGUAUUCCUUAAAAUCAGGCCUCAUAGACAGACAUCUAUGCCCACAAGGUUACACCCAAAGCUUUCAACAAGGUAUUAUGGACCAUUCCUAGUAGAAAAACAAAUAGGAUAUGUUGCUUUUCGGUUGCAGUUAUCAGAAACAUCAAGAGUACACCAUGUAUUUCAUGUUUUCCAGCUGAAGUUAGCUAUAAGAGAACAUCGAGUUAAAGGAGCCCUACCAACUGAACUACAAGAUGACAGACCCAUGUACACCCCUUUGAAAGUGCUACAACGAAGAAACUAG